AUGUCCGGCACCUGCCCCAAGGUGCAGGCCAUUUGGCUGGAAGUGAAGGCGACCGUCCCGUCAGAGUCCAUCGCCAUGGUCUUUGAGCUCGAUUGCGUGGCCAAAGGGCCAUUUGUGAACCAGAUCUUGCCAGAUGCCUCCGGCACCGUGGGUCAAGAGAUCCAGCAGCAGAUCCCAGAGGAGACCAUCCAGGAUCCCGACGGGAAACCGGUGGCCUACGCCGUCUCGUUGAUGGAUGGUGGACAGCUCCCGGAGUGGCUCCACUUCGACCCGGAGACCGAGACCUUGUCGGGGACGCCGAGCGCAGCGCAGGAGCUCCACCUGCUGGUGGAAGGUAAGGAUGAGCAAGGGUUGACGGCCCAGACGAGCUGGAAACUGAAGGUGGGACCAAGUGGCCCGGCCCCGAAAGCGAAAGCGCAGCCUUUGGUGGCUCAGCACCUGCCCCUUUGGGAAGGCACCGUGGGCGAGAAGAUGGUGCGCCAGGUCCCUGAGGGCGUGGUGAGCGAUCCUUUGGGAAGUCAGUUGCACUUCAGUGCCCAUGGUGAACAUGGCACGUUGCCCCACUGGAUGAGCUUCGAUCCAAAGAGCAUGACCUUUUCCGGCGUGCCGGACAAGGCGCUCAGCAUGACCGUCUAUGUGAAGGGCGCCACGAAGGAGGGCCUCUCAGCGCGCUCGCGGAUGAAGGUGGUGGUGGGAACUCCCUCCGUGAAUAAACUGGCGAAGGAGAUGACUGCAGUGGCGGAGGAGGACAAGUUGAUUGUACCCACUCUACCUCCGCCGGAGCAGCUUGGAUGUCAUGUACGAGCCCAUCGAUAUGAACAUGUCCGACGCCGCCAAUGGUGCGAAGACGGUGGUCGAUUGUAUGCUGCAAUGCCGGAACAUGAAGACGUGCGCUCACUUUACCUUUUUCUUCCCCUUGAAGCAGUGCCACUUCAGCUCCUCUAUGGCCACGCGGCAGACGGGACGCAUUGGCUUUGUGGCCGGCGGGGCGUUGUGCGCGCCAAGCCAGGAACAUCCAGAGGCAUCCGCCAUGGUGGGGAUCAAGAAGGAGUCUGUCGAGGACGAGUUCGACACGCAGCAUUGUGGUGUUCCAGGCUUAACCUUCACACCUUUGAACCCUUCCGGGAGGACGAGCAGCUACAAAGAUGA